AACCGGCUACUUGCUGUCGAAAUGGGCAAGUUCAUGAAACCCGGGAAAGUGGUGCUGGUCCUGGCUGGACGCUACUCCCGACGCAAAGCCGUCAUCGUGAAGAACAUUGACGAUGGCACCUCAGACCACCCUUACAGCCAUGCCCUGGUGGCUGGAAUUGACCACUAUCCCCGAAAAGUGACAGCUGCCAUGGACAAGAAGAAAAUCGCCAAGCGAUCAAAGAUCAAGUCUUUUGUGAAAGUUUAUAACUACAACCACCUCAUGCGAUCUGGGGGCGAUCCCCAAUACAGGGCUAACGGGAGAGGGGACAGAUUGAGGAAAGAGAAGGCAGGCGGUGGAAGAAACAGAUUCCUGGAAUGA